GUAAAUGUAUUUUGUAUCUACAUACAUAAAAAUUCUAGGUUAGGAUUAGUCGAAGCAUUGUCAAAGGAAUAUUGACGAAAAAAAUUAGAAGAAAAUGUUAAUUUCUAAGUAGCUUCAACCAAACAUUAUAAAUGAAUUUAGAGCAUAUUUAAUUAAAAUUAAAGAGCACUUACGUGUAAAUCUAAUAUUUCAUAAAAAUGGAUAUCAGAGAAAGUACAGGAUUUUACGAUUUGUGUGUGAAUGUACCAGGAAACCAACCACAAAAUUUAUAUCCUAUUUUAUCAAAAUUAUGUGAAUAUGGAUUCAAAACAGUAGCAAUAAAUACUAAUGUAGAUGAAAGUGUACUUGGAACAGAGAAAAAAAGGAAAAAAAAGGGUGAUGAUAGUGAAACAUCACAGGGUAUUGUUCUUGAAACAAUCGACAUUGGAAGUAUAAGAAAAGAAUUUGACGGAAGAUUAAGAAUUUUUAGUCGAAUUACUUUCUUUUGUUCUGAUUUCGCAAAAACGCAUGUAGUGAAUCACUGUUCCAGUUUAAAAAAAUUCGAUCUAUAUGCUUUUGCUCCAAAAACACAAAGUGCUUUACAAUUUGCAUGUACUCAAUUAAAUGCAGAUAUAAUUACAUUAAGGUCGAAUUCUACAUCAUUUAAACUUAAUAAAAAACUAUAUGAUCAAGCAAUUGAAAGAGGAAUACAUUUUGAAAUACAGUAUGUAGAUCUAUUAAAUGUUGAAUCCAGAAAAAAUACUAUCCAUUAUUCUCAUCUAUUUCAUACAUACGGAAAGAGUAAGAAUGUAAUAUUAUCCAGUGGUAUCAGUGAUAUUAAGACAAUACGAAAUCCUUAUGAUCUUAUAAAUUUGGCAUGUUUAUUGGGUUUGAAUGAAGUUCAAGCAAAAGCUUCAAUACUACAUCAGUGUAAAAGACUUCUGUUAAGAGCAGAAAGAAGACGUAGAGGGAAAGCUGCUUUUAUUAUUGAAGAUUGUACAGAAAGAACAAGUAUCACUGAUGGAGACUCAAAAUUUCUAAAAAAAUUGAAAGUAUAAGUUGAAUUAUAAUAGAUGUUUUUUAUUAUUUUUUUAAAUGGUCAAUUAAAAAUAUGAUAAAAAAAUAAAUAUUACUUUUUACUUUAAAUUUACUUAC